AAGAAGGGGCCAGCUGUGGGCCAGUGAAGAGCAUGGCAGGGAGGUGAGUGAGCAUGGCCUUCGGUGAGGAUUCCUGGCAUGAUUCUAGGGUCAGACCUCCUGUCAUCCAUCUGCUGGGCCUCUGGACCACCGAACCACUGGCAUGCUUUCCAAGUCUGUAUCCAUGAGUGGCAUCAAUUGCUUCUUUGGCUGCUCAGAUCCAGCUGGGAAUUUAUCACAGUUCUCUGCUGCUGACCGCAGUGGAAGCUGUAGCCAACUGGAACGGGGCUCUGGUACCUGGGCAGGCUCCUCCCUGCGAAGGACCUUCAGCUUCUUCUGGGGAAUGACUGGAAAGGCCAAGACCCGGGAAAAGGAGAAGAUGAAGGAAGCCAAGGAUGCCCGCUACACCAAUGGGCACCUCUUCACCACCAUCUCCGUUUCUGGCAUGACCAUGUGCUAUGCCUGUAACAAGAGCAUCACAGCCAAGGAAGCACUCAUCUGCCCGACUUGCAAUGUGACUAUCCACAACCGCUGUAAAGACACCCUCGCCAACUGCACCAAGGUCAAGCAGAAGCAACAGAAAGCCGCCUUGAUCAAGAACAACACUGCCUUGCAGUCUGUUUCUCUUCGAAGUAAGACCACCAACCGGGAACGGCCUAGCUCUGCCAUCUACCCCUCAGACAGCUUCCGGCAGUCCCUGCUAGGCUCCCGCCGCGGCCGCUCAUCCUUGUCUUUAGCCAAGAGUGUUUCCACCACCAACAUUGCUGGACACUUCAACGAUGAGUCUCCCUUGGGGCUGCGCCGGAUCCUCUCCCAGUCCACAGACUCCCUCAACAUGCGCAAUCGAACCCUGUCAGUGGAGUCCCUCAUCGACGAAGGUGCCGAGGUGAUCUACAAUGAGCUGAUGAGUGACUUUGAGAUGGAUGAGAAGGACUUUGCGGCUGACUCCUGGAGCCUUGCUGUGGAUAACAGCUUUCUGCAGCAGCACAAAAAGGAGGUGAUGAAGCAGCAGGAUGUCAUUUAUGAGCUGAUCCAGACAGAACUGCACCAUGUGCGGACACUGAAGAUCAUGACCCGCCUCUUCCGCACGGGGAUGCUGGAAGAGCUGCAGCUGGAGCCCGGAGUGGUCCAGGGCCUGUUCCCCUGCGUGGAUGAGCUCAGUGACAUCCACACGCGCUUCCUCAGCCAGCUGUUAGAACGCCGACGUCAGGCCCUGUGCCCUGGCAGCACCCGGAACUUCGUCAUCCAUCGCCUGGGGGACCUGCUCAUUAACCAGUUCUCAGGUCCCAGUGCUGAGCAGAUGCGUAAGACCUACUCGGAGUUCUGCAGCCGCCACACCAAAGCCUUAAAGCUAUAUAAGGAGCUGUAUGCCCGGGACAAACGCUUCCAGCAGUUCAUCCGGAAAGUGACCCGCUCUGCUGUGCUGAAGCGGCAUGGGGUCCAGGAGUGCAUCCUGCUGGUGACUCAGCGCAUCACCAAGUACCCGGUGCUCAUCAACCGCAUCCUGCAGCAUUCCCACGGGAUGGAGGAAGAGCGCCACGACCUGACGGCAGCCCUGGGGCUGGUGAAGGAGUUGCUGUCCAAUGUGGACCAGGAUGUGCAUGAGCUGGAGAAAGGCGCCCGCCUGCAGGAGAUCUACAACCGCAUGGACCCUCGGGCCCAGACCCCAGUGCCUAGCAAAGGCCCUUUUGGCCGGGAAGAGCUUCUCCGGCGCAAGCUCAUCCAUGAUGGUUGCCUGCUCUGGAAGACAGCCACCGGGCGCUUCAAAGAUGUGCUGAUGCUGCUGAUGACAGAUGUGCUGGUGUUUCUCCAAGAGAAGGACCAGAAAUACAUCUUUCCUGCCCUGGACAAGCCCUCGGUGGUAUCACUGCAGAAUCUGAUCGUGCGGGACAUCGCCAACCAGGAGAAAGGGAUGUUUCUGAUCAGCGCGGCACCCCCAGAGAUGUACGAGGUCCACACAGCGUCCCGGGACGACCGGAGCACUUGGAUCCGCGUCAUUCAGCAGAGCGUGCGUGUAUGCCCAUCCAGGGAGGACUUCCCCCUGAUUGAGACAGAGGAUGAGGCUUACCUGCGACGGAUCAAGAUGGAGCUGCAGCAGAAGGACCGCGCGCUGGUGGAGCUGCUGCAGGAGAAGGUCGGGCUGUUUGCUGAGAUGACACACUUCCAGGUGGAAGAGGAUGGUGGCAGCGGGAUGCCCCUACCCACCCUGCCCAGGGGCCUUUUCCGUUCCGAGUCCCUCGAGUCCCCUCGUGGCGAGCGGCUGCUGCAGGAUGCCAUCCGUGAGGUGGAGGGCCUGAAAGACCUGCUGGUGGGGCCUGGAGUGGAACUGCUGCUCGCACCCCGGGAGCCGGCCCUGCCCGUGGAGCCUGACGGUGGUAACACAAGUCCUGGGGUCACUGCCAACGGUGAGGCCAGAACCUUCAAUGGCUCAAUCGAACUUUGCAGAGCUGACUCAGACUCCAGCCAAAAGGAUCGAAAUGGAAACCAGCUGCGAUCUCCCCAGGAGGAAGCAUUACAGCGGUUGGUCAAUCUCUAUGGACUUCUACAUGGCCUACAGGCAGCUGUGGCCCAGCAGGACACUUUGAUGGAAGCCCGUCUCCCCGAGGGCCCCGAGCGGCGUGAGAAGCUGUCUCGAACCAACUCUCGGGAUGGAGAGGCCGGCAGGCCUAUCCCGGUGGCUCCGGAAAAGCAGGCCACAGAACUGGCAUUACUGCAGCGGCAGCACGCGCUGUUGCAGGAGGAGCUGCGGCGAUGCCGGCGGCUGGGUGAAGAGAGGGCCACGGAGGCUGGCAGCCUGGAAGCCCGGCUCCGCGAGAGCGAACAGGCCCGGGCUCUGCUGGAGCGGGAGGCUGAGGAGGCCCGCAGGCAGCUGGCCGCCUUGGGCCACACAGAACCCCACCCCGCUGAGGCCCCCUGGGCCCGCAGGCCUCUGGACCCUCGGCGACGGAGCCUCCCUGCAGGCGACGCCCUGUACUUGAGUUUCACCCCCCCGCAGUCCAGCCGAGGCCAUGACCGCCUAGACCUGCCUGUGACUAUGCGCUCUAUCCACCGGCCGUUUGAGGAUCGCGAGAGACAGGAGCUGGGCAGCCCAGAGGAGCGGCUCCAGGACAGCAGUGACCCCGACACUGGCAGCGAGGAGGAAGGUAGCAGCCGACUAUCUCCACCCCAUAGUCCACGAGAUUUCAGCCGAAUGCAGGACAUCCCAGAAGAAACCGAGAGUCGAGACGGGGAACCUGUAGCUUCAGAGAGCUAAGGGGGCCCCCUCCGCCCCUGCCCUGAGUCCCUCCCUCCAGAACAUUCCUGGGGGAGGCAAACCUUGGGGACUCCAUUCUGCCAAUGAUGAGGGAACAUUUAAAAGAACUGCUGAUUGAUUGUUCUUGCCAGCUCUUGGGGAUCCUUGGAUACCUGGGGCCAUCUAGCAUACUGGGGGAAUUAGACCACAGUGCCCCCUGGUGGCAUCCAGAAGCUACACCACAGAUGCCAAUUUUUCACGCCUCUUUCCCUCUACUUUAGGGAAAUUUAUUUAUUUAUUGUUUAUUAGUUAUGGAGGGAGAGAGGAGAUUUAGAGGACCAGGGACAUGGGAACCAAGCCAUAGGGACCAGGGGGCCUUGUCCUUUAACACUACUGGGGUUUAUUCAGGCUUAACAGUGCAGCUGCUGGGUUCUAACCCCUCCCGAGCAACACCUGUCUUUGAGGGAAGCUGCAGCCACAGGACGCUACUGCCCCCUCAGGAAGGAAUGUGGGCAGGGUCAUGGCCCUCUCUCCACUCUCCUCAGCUCCUACUGCUGUUCUCUCCUCUCUGUCCUCCAUGGAAACACCAGGGAAAUCACCGGGCUUCCUAGAGUUGAUGGAAUAGAGGUUGAGGUGACCAUAAUGGUUUAUUGGGGGGUGGGGGUGAGGGAGAAACCCACAAGGACCAGAAUGUUUUUUGUUGUUGUUGUUUUCUUUUUUGUACCAAAGCCAACUGCACGUGUUUUAUAUUUUUAAGAAGAUUAUAGGCAAUUAGAGAGCAAAACCUCUAUCUCCACUGAAGAACUUGACAGAUGGGGGGAACAAUGACUUCUCCCCUCAUCUACAAUAAGGGGGGACUUAUUCUUUGCUCACCCCCCCCCAUUUGGGAAAAAAGUCCUGGGGUGAAUUGGGAGAUGUCUGCAAACCCUGGCCUCACCCUCAGCAACCAUGACCUGAAACCUCAGCGUGCAUUUUGGGGGUUUUCAAUACACCUCCAUUGCCCACCAGCCCCAGACAUUUUUUGCCAAUUUGAUUGUUUUUUUAAAGAGGAUAAAACAGGGAAAAUUAAAAGACCUAGAACCCCAUGAAUUGUCUCUUGCUGUCUGCCAGCCCUGAGGGUGUGGGCAGGGGAGCCGGGCGGCCAGCUUUGUUGCUCUGAAAGGGCCCUGUCCUCUGCCAGGAAGGACAGACCGCCUCGUGGAAGCAGGGCAUGAACAAACGAAAUUGCCGCCGCCUCUGUGGUUGAUGUUCACAAAUACAAG